AUGUCAUCAGCAUUGCAGUCUCGUCAACCACAAAGCACCAUGCCAAGGCAUUCGGUACGUGCUUCUGCCAUUACGCUUGUUGCACCUUCAUUGGAAGACCACCAGGCACCAACACCACCACCACCACCACCACCGCCCAUGCCGUCGCCACCACUUCCAGCAACAGCACCACCCGGUCCUCAACCUUCCCCAGUGCCAUCCCGUCAUCAAAGUACACGACAUAAUAAAAGCGAUUCCAUUUCCAGUUUACGUAAUAGCAGUGGCACGAGACGGCAUAGUCGACACUCGUUUAUUGGCGUUAUUGACAAGUUUGUCGACUUUUUGGCACAUCCUCCAGGAACGAGUCAUAGCAGCAGUAGCAGAUCCAGAAAACGUGACAGCAAUGCAUCAUCCAUGGACAUUGGCACACCCUACAAUACGAUCCAUGUAACCCACGUCGGCUUUGAUCCAGCUACGGGUGAAUUUACCGGUUUACCACGAGAAUGGCAAAUCUUGUUGAAUCAGAGUGGUAUCACAACAAGUGAGCAAAGACAAAACCCUCAGGCUGUCAUCGAUGCAAUCGAGUUUUAUAAGGCAGGAGACCAACAACAAGAUGCUGUAUGGAAAAAGAUCCCUCAUUUCAGGCAACCUACUAUCUCAUCUUCAGCAUCUUCUUCUUCACCUUCUGUGGCAUCGCUUCCAUCCAUCGCUACUCCUCCCCAACAUCUUCAUUACUCAAACAACAGUGCUACCAGCUACACAGUGGAAUACGCUUCUGCAACAGCAUCAUCCUCUUCAGAGACUCCACACAACAAUGAUCAUGGAGUUCAACGUGCAUUUUCGCUUACGAGAGGAAACAAUAGCCCGUUGAAACGCUUUUCCAAACUCAAGAUACAACAUGGAAGGUCCAACUCGCUAUCAGCCAUCAAGCCUGGACCUUCUGUAUCCCAUCACAGCAACAACAACAAGCCGCAAUUGAAUCAGAGCAACAAUCCUUCACCUUCGACCAGCAGUUUAGCAAGGAGGCGUGCUUCCAAGAAUGAAUUAGAUGCACUCAAGGAUGCCGAGAUCAUACGACGACUCAAAAGCAUAUGCACGGACAAGGAUCCAAAUGCUGUUUAUUCGGAUAUCGUCAAGAUUGGGCAAGGAGCCACAGGUGGGGUGUUCACGGCACGUUCUUCGGAGGGUCUACCGGUAGCCAUCAAGCAAAUGAAUCUCGAGCAACAGCCUAAAAAGGAGCUUAUUAUCAAUGAGAUCGUGGUCAUGCGCCAAUCACAACAUCCCAACAUUGUCAACUUUAUCGACUCAUAUCUAUGGAACCGAGAUUUGUGGGUUGUUAUGGAAUACAUGGAUGGUGGUAGCUUGACCGAUGUGGUGACGUACAACAUGAUGCUGGAAGGCCAGAUUGCAGCAGUAUGUCUUGAAGUACUCAAGGGUCUUCAACACCUUCAUCGAAACGGCGUUAUUCAUCGAGAUAUCAAGAGUGACAAUGUGCUACUCAGUCUCCAGGGCGAUAUCAAGCUCACUGAUUUUGGGUUCUGUGCACAACUUAAAGAAGACCAAACCAAACGUACGACCAUGGUCGGCACACCUUAUUGGAUGGCCCCUGAAGUGGUGACAAGGAAAGAAUAUGGAUCCAAGGUGGAUAUCUGGUCGCUUGGUAUCAUGGCUAUUGAGAUGGUGGAAGGCGAGCCACCUUAUUUGAAUGAAAAUCCACUUCGUGCCUUGUAUUUGAUUGCCACCAAUGGAACACCCAAAUUACAGAAUCCAGAGACACUCACGCCCGUGUUUCUUGACUUUUUGGAGAGGUCAUUGCAAGCGGAUCCCGAGCAGCGACCCUCAGCACCCGCCAUGUUGGAACAUCCUUUCUUAACCAAAGCCGAUCCGCUAUCUUCAUUGGUACCACUCAUCUUAGCGACACGUAAGAAUGUUGCUCAGCAGCAAUAG